AUGAUGCACUCAGAAAAUACAUCAAAAACACAAAUGAACAGUAUCAUUCAAGAAGCAGACAAGUUAACGGCAGAAGGUCAAUUUCACAAAGCUUAUGAUCAUCUCAAAGUUUCAUUGAAAACUUACGAUGAUGUUGAAUUGUUAUGGCGAUAUGCUCGAGCGUGUUAUCUUUGUGUUUAUUAUGUUCCAACGAGACCAAGUAAAGAACACUGUGAAAAAUAUUUCACUGAAGGAAUGCAUGCUGGUAAGAAGGCAAUGGAAAAAGAUCCUAAUCAUGCUAAUUCUUUGACGUGGUAUGGUAUGUUAUGGGAUGAAUGCAAUCAGAUAAAAGGUUUGGAAGAAAGAUUCAAAUAUGCUCCACAAUUAUAUGAUAUAUGGAUGAAAUCGCAGAAGAUUGAUCCGAAUAAUUUUAUAACUGAAAGCAGUAUAGGAAUGUGGCAUCUAAUUAUGACAGAUGUAUAUAAUACAAAACCAGAACUGUUUAAAGGUACACAAUUUACUGGAAAGGAAUUUUCUUAUGAAUUGGCAUUAAAGUAUUUGUUGAAAUCUGAAGAAUGUAAGUAUUGUCUACUUGAUAGAUAUGUACGUAUGUACAGAAAUGUUGAUGAACUUUUCAAUGACUAA